UUUGUUUUCUUUCAUUUACAAUCUUUUUUUCUUUACUAUCGAUAUUUAUUUAUUUUACUUUUUUUUUUCUCGGUGAAUAUACGUACAUAAUCAAGUUGUUUCCUGUUUUUUUUUUUCGAAAGCGUUUAAAUUUCGAAUCUAAUCGUGGAGUAAAAAGAACAGGUCGUCGAAACACAUGAAGCUUAGAAGACGGAACGGCACGGUGUAACGAACUGUACGAAUGAUAACAGUGUAAGUGCGGUGGGGUUAAAGUGCCAACCCGUUUAUGGAUAACUGCGAUCGGCCGAUCGAAUUUACGAAUGCCAGAUCGAAAAGGACUCGGUGCGCGCAGUGACGAGUGCUGUGACGUGUUCGUUCCACGAAUCGAUAAAUCACCGACCGAUCUCGUUCAUUUUUUGCAACGAGUUAAAUAAAAUGAACGAAUGACCUCGUCGGUGACGGUAUCUACGAAAUGAGGCCGAAAUCGUGCUCGCUGUUUCUCUUGUUCUGCGUCCUGUUGCCUGGCGUCGUGCGUCCCUUCACGUCCGGAGAAGAAGGCGAGGACGCCGCGGAGGACGAUGAUUCUUAUCUACUCGAAGAGGAUGACGUGCCUUCGGCUACUAUCGCCAGCGACACUGAACUCAUAUCGGAAGGUGGCGGACACCUUCCUGUAUUUCUAACCGAACCGGUCGACUCCUUCGUCGUUAAGAACAAACCUGCCACUCUUCGUUGCAAAGCAGCUCACGCUUUGCAAAUUUAUUUUCGUUGUAACAACGAUAGGGCGGAUGACUCGGUCCAAACGGAUUUCGUUGAUCCUCAUACGGGAACAAGAAUCGUCGAUUGCGAACUUAAUAUUACCAGGGACCACAUCGAGGAAUAUUUUGGAAAAGAUAAAUUCAAAUGCGAGUGUGUCGCUUGGUCCGGUUCCGGACAGAUCAAGAGUCAGCCAGCGGUAAUCGAUGUUGCUUACCUGAAAAAACAAUUCGAGUCACCACCGUAUUCGGUUUCGGUUGAAGCCGGUCAUAGUACCGAACUUCGAUGUUUAGCACCUUUGGGUGUACCACCGCCACGAGUUUAUUGGUUACGAAACAACGUUCCGGUUGAUGCAGACUCGGAUACACUUCUGGUAUCUAGCGAAGGACAUCUUCUUGUUGGUCAAGCAAAACUCAGCCAUCAAGCUAAUUACACCUGCGUGGCUGAAAACAUAGCGGCCAAACGGUUAAGCGAUCCAGUUAGCCUAACAGUAUACCUGAACGGUGGUUGGUCUUCCUGGUCUGCUUGGUCGGAAUGUCAUUCGAGAUGUGCGAAAGGUGGCCAGAAGAGAACAAGAACCUGUACGAAUCCGGCACCAAUGAACGGUGGUCAACCAUGUCUUGGACCGGGUCAACAGAAAAUGGACUGCAACGCGGCCUGUCCUGCGGGUACAUUGGAGGAAUUUACCAAUACUAUGGUCGUCGAUGGUGGAUGGUCCAGAUGGUCGGCGUGGUCCAUAUGCGGGACCGACUGCACGCACACGAGAAGAAGAUCCUGCGAUGAACCACCUCCGAGUUAUGGUGGCCGUUCAUGUCAAGGAAAAGACAUCAGCGUGGCCAAUUGCACCGGCGGCAUAUGCAAUGUUGGUAACGCGAAGAUGGGUGGCGCGCACUUGACGGAAGAAGCAAAUCGUCAGAUGGACGUGGCACUGUAUAUUGGAUUAACGGUGGCUUGUCUCGUUAUCGGUGGUCUCGCAUUUUUCCUGACAAAGUUGUUACGAAGAAAAGGUCGAGAUCAUUCGCUUUACUCCAUGGCACGUAAUGAAUUCCAGCCGGAGUUCUUCCCGGACCAGGACAAGAAGUUGAGCCUCCAACCGGACGUGACGGCGACGAGCGUGCCGGCUUGUUACGAGUAUCCUUUCGACCCGAAGCUGUCGAUGUCGAGAUCCCUCUCGGAGCACCAUUACGACGUGCCGCACCUAUCAAUCGCCCCCCAACCUUCCCCGAUGUCGCCGACUCCCUCAACAUCGACGCAAGAGUCUUGCAGCGACAAGCAGAUCCAUUCCGACAGCGAGAACAGCGUCACUAGUUCUUACCCAUCCUCGGAUUCUACUUACAACGUUGCAUCAGAAAGCGUCAGGUUGCCCAAGCUCGAAGCUGGAAACGUAGCGAGAGCUGUGGUCAACACGCGAGGUGCAUUAUUGGUCCUUCCGGAUUCUGGAAUUUCAAUGUCCGUACCAGAAGGAGCAUUACCCAAACCUCACAGAGAGGAACUCUAUUUGGCGGUUCUCAACGAGGAUCGUUUUAGGCCUAGAUUACCAGACGGGAUAACGCAGCUAUCGGCGGUGGUAACCUGCGGCCCAUGUAGGGCACCCUUCAAAAAACCUGUGAUCCUACAAUUCGAGCACUGCGCCAUGUUGCACCCGGCAACCUGGGAGUUGAGCGUAUGGGCUUCGGAUAAUCUGAACGUCGAGGAGAACUCGUCGAUUUCGUCGACGAAGGAUCAUCAGGUGGUGGUGACGUGGAGCAGAGUGUUGACGUUGGGUAACGAAACGAUCAACACGCCGCUCUUUACGCAGCUCGAUCACGCGGAAGCGUUCAUCGUGACGGAACAACUCAGGGGCUACGUUCUCGCCGGUCAAAGUUGCGAGAAUUCGCUAGCCACGAAAAGACUGAGAUUGGCAUUGUUCGCUAGCCAAGCGGGCCAAUGUUGCGUCAGAGUUUAUGCCGUUGAGGACACAAAAGCAGCCAUGAAAGCAAUCGUCGACAGGGAGUCGCAAAUAAGAGGCUACUUGUUGGACAAGCCGCGUACGUUGAUGUUCCAAGACAACGGGGAGUCCCUUUGCGUCAGUCUGGAGGAAGUCGGUAACGAGUGGCAAAGCAAAUCUCCAACCGAGCGUCAAGAGCUCUCAUUCCGAGACGUAUGGAAUUGUCAGGAGAACACGAAACACGUGGUAUUCGGAUUGGAUACCGCAUUUGGCCCGACGACAACCAGAAGCUACAAACUCCAGGUCUCGCAAGGCAAUUCCGAUACCAGGCAGGUCUUCAGGAUCGUUUACGACGGCGCGAAACAACUGAUAUCCUCCGGCAGCGUUACCAGACCUCUCAGAGAAGUGACCGUCGUCAGCAGCGGACAUGCUAAUAACGCAACCACCGAUUCAACUGCCCUCAGACCGUUUCGGUUCACCAGGUCUCUCAGGAAACAACUUUGCCAGUGCCUCGACCCACCUAACGCUUUAGGCAACGACUGGAGAAUGUUGGCUCAGAGACUGCAAGUUGACAGGUACAUAAACUACUUUGCAACAAAGUCGAGUCCGACGGAACACAUUCUCGAUUUAUGGGAAGCAAGGCACAGGGAACCAACGGCUGUCACGGAUCUUUUGAAUCAUUUGAGAAUUAUGGGUAGGACGGAUGCUGCUACGAUCUUGGAAGCUCAGCUUGGACCCUGGCUUUGAACGCGUUUAAUAUCGCUCAUCUAAUUUCCUACUUUUUACGAACGAACUCGACGUUCCAUUUUCGAAACUGGUGAGUGAAAGUUACGAACGUAUGAUGGACACCACUCCCCGCCCCCCUAGUACUACUACUACUACUACCACACUACUACAAUUACUACUACUACUACUACUACUACUACUACUGCUACACUACUACAGAUCAUCGAAUUGAUCCUCGAAAAAAAAAAAACAUAAAAAUAAUAAUUAUGAUAAUAAUAAUAAAAUGAUUAUAUAUAAUAAAUAUUAAUUAAUAAUAUAAUAUUAUAAAUGAUAAAAACGAUACGAAUCGACAUACGAUAUCGAUAUUAUUGUCGAUACAAUAACGAACCGAGAGGAAAAGCAGGAGCACGUGGUGGUUCUACGAACGAACUAAUCGAAAACACUGCCUUAACAUUUUCUGUUAGUGCGCAGUCGCUAAAUGAUUGUGCUAAACUAACGCCAUUGUUAACUUCUUGUAAAUAAGAGCGUAAUUUGCUGAAAGAGAAUAGUAGAAGAUGAAGAAGAAAAAAAUGAAGAAAAAAAAAGGAUAUUACGAGACCGUUGUUAGAGAUACGUUUUAAUCCGAAAUUGUAUUCUUUGUCAAUACUCUAGUUGCAACCGUGACAGAGGAAAAGAUCAAUUGACGGAAAGACGAUCUUUCUCGAAAUGAACGGUCGGUUUAAGUGCCGUGUAUAAUCAUGGCUAAUAGCUAACUAGAGACUGUGCAUUUAGAUGGAUAUAUGUGUACAUACAUGCUACGUACUAAGAGAUACGCGCGCAGAUUCAAACAAAUGGAUUAAUCCUUUUAGAAAGAGACAGAAAGAAAGCGAGAGAGAGAGAGAGAGAGAGAGAGAGAGAGAUGAAUGUUUAUAUAU